AUGGACUAUUUCACGCGUGGUAACCUCAAAGGUGUUGCCUUGCUUAGGAAUUUAGUUACCCACAAAUCAAGUGUAAUCCUUGAGCUAAUUGAUCAGCAUUCACUGCAGUGCAAGGAUUUUUGUGCCUUACAUUUGGGGAAUGCUAAUAUCGGUAAAGAUGAGGCAAUGGCAAUUGUUAGCUUCCUGCCCAAGAUCAAGUCUUUGUUCUUGGGGAAGUCAGAGAUUGGUCGGGAUGCUCUUAUGACGUUAAUUCGGGGCAAGUAUUCCUGCCCAAGGCCAAGUAUUAAUGUUGGAGUUGGAAAUAGGAUGGGGAAAACCGCUUUGAUUUUAUCUUAUGAUGAUGUAUCGUCUCGUGACAUAGUUUAA